AUGUUCAUUGUCCAAUGGAUAUCUUUUCCAUUGUGUUACAUCACAACAAAUUAUAUAAUCUUCUAUGGGAUUGCACUUCUUUAUUUUCUUCUGGUGAUUUUUUCACUCUAUCUGUCAUUUUCAUCACCAUCAUCUCAAUCAAAUCAAUCACCAACAUAUGAUGUAUUGAAUCAAUUAUUACAUUCACUAACACAAAAGAGAUGUGAAUAUACUAAAUUAACAAUUUAUAUAACAUCUCAAUACUACUCAUUUGAGUAUAUUCAACCAUUUCUUCAAUCUUCUCAUUUAGCAAACAACUAUAUUUUAGUCUUUGACACAAUUGGUGAUGAUAUUGUUCUUCUUUCAUCAACAUCAAAACACAAUACAAAUAAUCAACUCAAUAAUGCAAUUGAAGAUGCUGCUGAAGCAGAAGGUAUUCCACUUACUAAAAGCUCUUGUUCCUCACCAUCUUCAGCAUUACUUUCUCAUUCAUUUGAAACAUCUGUUAUAACAUCAAAAGACUGUCAUUCAAUAAUGAACAAAGAUGAAUCAAAGAUUAAACAAAUAGUGAAAUUAAUUAGUCGACUUGUGAUUCAAGUCGAUACAAUUGGAAUUGAAUAA